UCAGGAGGUUUCGUAAGGGGCGGGACGCCAUGGUUGGUUGCGGAGCAGAAACCGGCGACCGGAGCAUCUGCAGCACGUUGUGAUCCGCUCGUGUUCCACCAACUACUUAUUCAUUAUUAUUAUUUUUUGAUAACUGACCCGCCGACAUUUCCAGUUGACCAAAGCAAUGGUGAUGGAGAAGCCAAGUGCCCAGCUGGUCGGGCGAGAGUUUGUCCGACAGUACUACACACUCCUGAACCAGGCCCCCGACUACCUGCACAGGUUCUAUGGGAAGAACUCCUCGUACGUGCACGGCGGCCUGGACGGCAACGGCAAACCCGCUGAGGCUGUUUAUGGACAAUCUGAGAUCCACAAGAGGGUGAUGGCUCUGAGCUUCCGGGAUUGUCACACAAAGAUCCGGCACGUGGACGCCCACGCCACCCUGAACGAGGGCGUGGUGGUGCAGGUGAUGGGUGAGCUGUCCAACAACAUGCAGCCCAUGAGGAAGUUCAUGCAGACCUUUGUGCUGGCACCCGAGGGAACAGUUGCAAACAAAUUCUACGUCCACAAUGACGUGUUCCGUUACCAAGACGAGGUGUUUGUAGACUCUGACUCUGAGCCUCCAGAAGAGUCUGAGGACGAGGUGGAGGAGCUCGAGGAGAGGGUUCCAUCCCCUGACGUCGCAGCCGAGGAGUCGGCUCCCUUCUACGACCCGACGCCCUGUUCGGAGCCGACGGUCCCCGGCGACGACGAGGAAGCGGCGGCUGCGAGUCCCGAGCCGGAGCCCGAGGUGGAGAAGGAGGCCGAGGUCGUUGAGCUGAAGUCGGAGACGUCCCCGGAGACGCAAACGGACGCAGUCGACGAACACACGGAGAAAAGCCCCGCCCCCGCCGCCGCCCCUCCCACCACAGAACCUGCAUCUGUGCCCGCAGAACCCGCCCCCGCUGCCCCAGAAGAAAACAGGCCGUUCUCCUGGGCGUCGGUCACCAGUAAGAACCUCCCUCCCAGUGGGGCCGUCCCAGUGUCUGGAAUCUCCCCGCACGUCGUCAAAGUCACGCCCACAGCACCGCCCCGGGCGGAGGUGAAGUCAGAGUCGCAGACGGCAGCACAGAGACCACAGAGAGACCAGCGACCGAGGGAACAGAGGCCUGGAGGUCAGCCGCCGGUGCACAGGGCACCCAGACCAGUGCGAGAGGGGGAGCCGGGUGAGACGGAGGGCCGCAGGGUGGUCAGGUACCCCGACGCCCACCAGCUCUUUGUGGGCAACGUCCCCCACGACGUGGACAAGAGCGAACUCAAGGAGUUCUUUGAACAGUACGGUACGGUCCUGGAACUGAGGAUCAACAGCGGAGGAAAAUUACCAAACUUUGGUUUUGUGGUGUUCGACGACUCUGAGCCGGUUCAGAAGAUCCUCAGCAACAGGCCCAUCAAGUUCCGAGGCGACGUCCGUCUGAACGUGGAGGAGAAGAAGACCCGCUCGGCCAGGGAGGGCGACAGGCGGGACGUGAGGCCCCGGGGGCCCGGCGGUCCCGGCGGUCCCAGAGAGCGGAUAGGAGGCGGCGGCGGCGGCGGUGGUGGCGGCCCCCGAGGGCCCCCCACCCGAGGAGGCAUGGCACAGAAACCCAGCUUCGGCUCCGGACGGGGCGCCGGGCCCAGCGACGGCCGCUACUCCGCCCAGCGUCAGUGAGAACUCCCCCGGGCUCCGAACCUGAGUUAGAUUACUGUUUCAGAUUCGAUAAACUCGAGUGGUCGUUGAUUUGUUUUCUUUUGUUUUUUUAAAACCGCUUUCUUUAACUGCAGCAGGAACCGAUUGGAUAAGAAAACCCCAACUUUAACUUUUAAAACCCUUCGUGAUCACGUUGCACCGCAGAGGUUAGGUCUGUCGGACUCGUUCCGUCUCGUACGUGCGUCGUAUUCUCACGUUAGUAAACGACGCAGGUGUGGUCGAGUCCCGCCCCCCGACAUCUGUCUGUCAACAAGAUGGCUGCCUCCUUCUCUCACCUGCUGCUCCAGAAUGUCACUCGUCCGCCCUCCUCUUCCUCCAACACAUGUAUUAUCUGGACUGGUCAUAUUUUUUCUUUUUUCAUGCAGAACUUGAAUUUAUUAAGAAACAAAUCAAAAACAUGCAAAACACAUGAGAAAAAAAGGGUAAAUACUACUUGAAUUGGGGAUUAAAAAACCCAGACGUUGAGUUUCUUUUAUUUUUUUUUUGUUUCCCGCGUUCUCUCUCCCUGUUUCUUAAAGGAACGUGUACUUUUAACUGCUUGGGCAAUCCUGUGUAUUGCUGCCACCGUUGUACCUGGCGAUGGAUCUGUCUUAUCUUUUUAUUCUAUAUCAGGUCAAAGAGCUGAAGUGUCGUGGUUUUUAAUUUGAGUGUCGGCUUGUGACACGUGGAUUCAUGGAUGCGUCUGAACGGAGCAUGUGUCAAAUCAUGUCAUCAAAUACUGUUUGGCUUUUCUUUUUUUCUUUUUUACCACCGAUGCACUUCAUUUGUCAUCAAGUUUAAAAAGAAAAAAAAGAGCUCACCUGCCGAUGAGAGAACUAAAUUAAAAGUGAUUUACUGUUUUAAA